AUGACUACUAUAGCAGGAUUAAAAAGUCACGAUUCUAUUCUUUCAAAGUUGGACACUUUCAAGCGUAAGCGAAAAGCUCGCCUGGAAGUUGAAGAACUCAAUAAAGGAAGUCGUCAAGCCAUCGAAAUGGCAGUUAGUGCUUUAACAACUGACGACCCCAAACAAUAUCAAUCGGAAGAAGGACAAGAGCGUUCUUUUACUGAGAAGUCGUCGCAAGCAUGCUUAUGA